AUGUCUGAAAUCGAAAAGUUUUGUGUAUUUUGUUUAAAGAAAAAGGAUAAAUUAAAAUCCUUCACGGAAACAUCAUUGAAAAAAUGUCAGGAAAUUUUGAUCGUUCGGCAAAUGCAUAUUUUGAAAUGGAACGAUGUUAAUUUACCGAAGGAAGUGGUUGACUUUCAACGGUAUCAUUCUCAUUGUUACUCUGUUUUUUCUGCUCUACCUCCAAAAUAUAGAAAGGGGCUGGAUAAAAACGCCAAUGUUGAUGCAGGUCCGCAGUUUAGUUCAAAUCUUGAAGAAGAGGAUUCACCAAUUGUUUAUGAAGUUCCUUCUACUUCAAAUAUAGAAGCUGAAGAUUCAUCAGGGUUAUUAGAAUUACAAGAAGAUUUAGGGGAUUCUGCAGCUACGCAGCAGUCACCUUCAAAAGUAGAGCUGGAUGAAUCAUCAUGUUUAAGCGAUCAGGGAGUUAUGGGAGUAAUCGCCGAGCCAGAAAGAGACGAAUCAAUUGCUUCCGGUGCCUGCUUCUUUUGCAACCAAAAAAGAAAAAAAUAUAGAGGCAAUGAACAAUCUCUUCAUACGCGAACCUCAAAGAAAACUAUUGAUGAACUUCUAGAUAUUGCAAGAGAACAAAAUGACAUUUUAACAAUUGAUAGGCUUCAGAAAGUUACGGCUUCGGAAGGGUAUUUUUUAUACCACAAUGCCUGUCAUUUAGCAUACCGCACGAAGUCGGAUUCUGCUAGAAGAUCUACGCAGAAUAAAACUGAAUGGCAUCACAACAGAGAUCUGCACAAGUUAGCAUUCAAGACUGUACAGGAGUACGUAAAGGACCAUAUAGUUUGCAAAAAGGAAUGCUGUUUACUUUCAUACCUAGUUAUAUUAUAUGAAGAAAAUGUAAAAGCAAAUAAUCAAGAAAUUCCCAUCAGGAUAAAGUCGUGGCGCCUAAAGACAAAGCUAUUGGAAAUAUUUCGUCAUGAAAUUGAGAUUGAAGUUUUCAACGAAAAAGAAGUGGUUCAACCUUUGGGAUCAAUCCUUUUGAACAGUGAUUUUGACAGACUACAAGAAGACAACAUUUUAAAUGAAGCGGCUCUAGUAAUCAAGUCAAUCUUACGUACGGUUAAAGUGCACAAGCUUCCUGCAGACAUCCGUCCCGAAGACAUAAUCGCUGGUGAAUGUGAGACACCUGAAAGGUUAAUUGAUUUUUUCGAUAAAAUUUUCGAGCCAAUGAAUACUCGGCGAAAAAUAGCUUCUAAAAGGCGAGUCAGUGAAUCAUUAGCACAAGACGUUAUUUUUGCCGCUUCUAACGGAAGAAUUAAACCUUCUAAACAUAUCACGUUGGCCCAAACGUUGAAGAGUAUUACGAAUAGUCAGAAAGCUGUGAACAUCGUGAACAGAUACGGUCAUUGCGUCAGCGACAAUGUGUUAGCAGGAAUAAUCACAGAAGCGACUUACUGUGCCGUUAAGAAAAGCACAAUUUGUCCGGAAGGAAUCUUGAGAAAUCCUGCUUUACGUACAUGUUUAGCAUUCGACAACUUCGAUCGGUUUGUUCAAACGCUGACCGGUAAGGACACUCUUCAUGAUACUGUGGGAAUCAUAUAUCAAGAUAUUCCUUCAAGUGCCAAUAUUGUUACUACAGCUACUGCGGAAGAAAAUCAACAACUUACAAAUGACGGCGACAGGAAAAGGAGACGUCGCACUUUUGAUAUGAUAACUUUUGAAUUGGAAUCGUAUGCAAAGAAGCCUCGGCUAGAAGUAUCACUAGAGCCUGUUGCCAGUACAUUGCGUAUAAGCAAUGAUGAACAUGACUUAACACCAUUCAAACAUAUUAGUUUUACCUGGAUUCUGUCUCAUCUUCUGAAAUUGCCCAAAACGCCAAUGUGGAUUGGAUAUUACAGUAUGUUGUACGAUGACAAAAGCAGUCAGCAGAAGGUUUCAUACACAACCACAAUUAACGAGUCUCCAACAAAACCUGUUGUCGUUUUAAAAACUCUUGAUAUAAGUGAACAAACCCGCAUUGAAUGCAAUCAACAGUACAUGGAAGUCACCUACGAUUUGGCUAUUGCCAAAAUCGCUUUCCAGCUUCAGUAUGUUGAAAGACCGAGAUUUGACAAAAUAUUCAUCCACCUAGGAACAUUUCAUGUUUACCUGGCAUACCUGAAAGCGGUGGGAAAGUUUAUCGACGACUGCGGAGUGACGAACAUUCUUGUCAAUUCAAAUGCAAUCGCAAGCGGAUCCGUCAGUAGUUUUUUGACAUCAAAAAAUUACAAUAGAUGUAGAAGACUGCAUCCUCGUUUGGCCCUCGCAAUACAAAUAUUGCACAUGGAAAGAUUUCUAGAAGAUCAAAACAUAGAAAUUUCGGAUGAAGAGAAGAACGCUUUAUUAAAUUUUAGAUCAACAGUUUCUAGCAGGCCAACUAUUACGGAAGAAAAGUUGAUAAGUCUAUUUUCCAAAUAUGAUAAGUACUCAGAAGAAACACUAGAAGGCCGAUAUGGACUCACCCCUCAGUAUUACAUGCUAUACGUUAAACUAGCAAAUUAUUACUUGAUUCUGGAUCAGAGUGUACGGACGGCUGAUUUCUGUACAUUUAAGUGGGUACUACCACGUAUUACAAAUAUGUUCUUCACAUUUAACCAGCAGAAUUAUUCACGUUAUCUGGUCUAUUAUCAUGAGAAAUUAAUGAAAGUGGAGGAGUCACAUCCGGGUUUACUAACCAGCUUUGAGGAGGGGUCAAUUGGUGUUAGAAGAACAAAUAAAUCUUUUUCAAGGAUCCCACCUGAUCUCACCAUGGAGCAGACGUCUAAUGCUGAUGCAGGAAAUAAAUUGACAGGAGUCUCAUAUAUAACAAAUUCAUAUUCAGCCCGUCAACGUUGGGCCUUGUGCCAUACUAUAAAUAGUACAGUUAACACCUACACAUAUGAACGAACAGGUUUGAAAAAAAAUCAAGAUAUAACUGAAGAUUUGCGAGCAAGUUUGAUGAGGAAAAAUUUGAAAUCAUUGUACGAAAUAAUUGAAAAUAUCAAAGACAAUGUUAACCCCUUCGCAACCGACUUAAAUAAGGACUUAUUAUAUAAUAUUUCAACGGGUAGAGCAGUUGAAAAUGAUGUUGCCAAAUUUCUAAUCAACGUCGAAAAGCUUGGAAGUGAGCAGCGAGAAAGGUUUAUACAGGAAUGCUCAGAAGACAGGACAAGAUUUGAACGGCCCAUAAAACAAAACAAAAUACUUAACUUCAGUUCUGUGGUGCCGAAGAAAAAAUGUUCUAUAUCCGGCAAAUUAGUGGAAGUACGAAUGGAGAGGGACUUAUUUGGGCAGUUACUGCGAAUAUCUCUUGAGAAGAAACUGGAUAUUGACAAAAUUUUAUCGCAUCCGCUAACACCUAUGUCAUUAUGUUUCUCCCACGUGGACGGUACAUUAUGCAAAACAGACAAGUCGACCCUUCUGAAAGAAUUAGAAAAACAAAUACAAAGUGAUUCUCCACCAUAUUGUGACGUCAUGAUAUUUGAUGGCUUUUUUUUGUUAAAUGCUAUGAAAGAUGUGCCACGUACCUUUGGAAAUGUCUCGAAGAAGUUCCUGCAGAUGGUUACUUCCAAUACUGCGUCGACUAUCAUAGUCCUAUUUGACUCCUAUCCAAGUCCGUCCAUCAAGGAUUCAGCGCACCAAUGUCGAGGAACAAGCAGAGGGCAACAAUUCAAAAUACGUGGUCCAGACCAAGUACGUCCUUUGGAGUUCACCAGGGAAAUGAGAAACAUAAACUUCAAGGAAGAAUUGAUAAACUUUUUCUCAAAUCAUUGGGGGUACGACGAAAUGGCAUCUUUUAUCAAUAGCAAAGAAGUGUACAUCAGUGCUGAUGAAUGUCACAAAUACAGCGUUGUCCAUGACAAAGUUUGCAAAACUACUCUGCAGAGUUUGGCCUGUCCAGGUCAUGAAGAAGCAGACACUAAGAUUGUUUUCCAUAUUUGCCAGCUUGAUGAUGACAAAAAUGUAGUAGUCAGAACAUCAGAUUCGGAUAUCCCAAUAAUUGUGCUUGGUAACAUGCACAAUUUCAAGAAUAAAGUUAGAGUUUGGAUAAAACUAGGCACUGGAAAUAGAGAGAGGUUUUUAAAUGUUAACCAAUUAUAUUCAGCUCUGGGGAAGAACGUGUGUCGCGCUUUACCAUCUUUUCACGCCUUUUCAGGCUGCGACUACAAUCCCGCGUUUUUCAAGAAAGGGAAAGUAAGACCAUUUUCAAUUUUGAAAAGAAGUCCAGAGUUUUUGAAAGCUUUUUAUGAUAUGAACACUGACAACGCUGAUGAAAUUUUCGCUACAAUAGAAAAAUUUGUAUGCGCUAUGUAUGGAUUCAAAUCAAUUGAUAAAGUGAACGACGGUCGGGUGGCAAUGUUCAUGAAAAUUUAUAAAUUCAGUGAAGAGGAAAAUAGAUUGCAAUUGCCCAAUAAAAAUUUUGAUGGUUCCCUUUUGCCGCCAUCACAAUCGGAACUAACUCAACACCUUCGUAGAACCAUCUUGAUCUCCAAUAUUUGGAAAAACGCCUUCAAAAAGGAGCCUCCAAAUUUGGAUCCACUCGAGUAUGGUUGGCAAUUUGAAGACGGAAAAUUUGUGUGCAAAUGGUUCGAGGGCGAUCAGCUACCGUCAUCAGUGGAAAUGAUCACACAAGAAGAUACAAAUGCUGAAGGCACUGAUGAGGCGGAUGAAGAUGAAUUAUCACAAGAGGAUGAAGACAGUGAUGUAUCUGAUAAUGACAGUGAUGAGGAAGAUGAUGAUUAAACUUUUUGGAAUUUUUUGUUUAAUAUUUUUAUCUACAUAGUUACUCAAUAAUAUAAUAUUUUACAGUCGUACAGUAAAUUUUAGUCGACUGAUUAAAUUAUGAUUCAACCUCUCGUGUUUUCCAUGUAUGUUUUUUGUGAAUAGAUUGUCGAGAAUCAUUUCCUUAAGUUUGAAAUUUUGAUGAAAGGUAAUAUUUUUAUUGAGAUUUACGAAAACAAUCAUCCGCUGCCUGUAUGUCGGUGGAAAUAUCGUCCGCUUGUGCAUCAUAACGCGUUUAUGUUCGGUACCCUUUA